CGUACAUGUCAAGUUGAACGAAAAGUCACGUCAUGAUCAGGAGCAAACUUCGCGAACUUUCCAAUAAUUACAACAGUUGAAACUAAUACAAUAUUAAUUAAACUCAAGAUUUGAAUUCAUGAGUACAUUUUUAACUACGUGUCUAUAUACGAAUUUCUUUGUCUGAAUUUACUUCAAAGAACUCUUACUACUUAUCAUAUCACUCGCGUGACUAUAUAGCUUCGGAAUACCUUCCCCUUGAUUGCGACCUGAACUACGUUAACCUUAGCCUACCUCAACUCCCGAGCAAGACAACCAACCCGUAAUUCAAGGUGUCUUCCAAACCACCAAUUAACCUCUCAACACUCCCAAUCUCCCUCCAACCAACCCUUCGAAUUACCUUCCCCCGCCGCUUCGCAACCCGCGCACGAUCACGAUUCCGUAAAACAACAAUGGCCUGGCGCAGCUCCGGCACCUCCAACGCCACACUUAUCGAAAACCUCUGGCGGAACAAAUUAAUAACGCAACCGCUCGUAAAAUCCGCCUUCCUAGCCGUAGACCGGGGCCACUACGCUCCCUCCGCGCCCUACGACGACAGUCCGCAACCCAUAGGCCACGACGCUACGAUAUCUGCUCCGCAUAUGCAUGCCAACGCCGUGGAAACCCUUUUACCAUUCCUGCUCCCGAAAACCUCUGCAGGGGAAAAGGCGGAGGGAGUCGGGGAUUUGGUAGGGGAGAAGGGGAGGCCGAGAAGGGUACUGGAUAUUGGGAGUGGGAGUGGGUAUCUUACGCAUGUACUCGCGGAAUUAGUUGGGGAGAAUGGGGUUGUUGUGGGACUGGAACAUAUUCCUGCGUUGAAAGAGCUUGGGGAGAAGAAUAUGAGGAAAUCGAAGGAGGGGAGGCAUUCAUUAGAUACGGGACGCGUGAGGUUUCGUGUGGGUGAUGGGAGAAAAGGGUGGUCCGAGCCGAAACCUACGAUUUCGCAACCGGGUGUUGGAGGGCCGGCGAAUGGCGAUGCGGAGGGGGAGGUACGGAAGGAUGAGGAGGGAGGGUGGGAUGCUAUACAUGUUGGUGCUGCGGCGGUGGAAUUGCAUGAGGAGUUAAUACGGCAGUUGAGGAGUCCUGGACGCAUGUUUAUACCUGUGGGGGAUGGAGGGGGGUGGGAGCAGUAUAUUUGGACGGUGGAUAAGGAUGAGAAGGGGGAGAUUAGGAAGGAGAGGUUGUAUGGGGUUAGGUAUGUUCCGCUUACGGAUGCGCCGAAGUGAGGGUGUCUACGGAAGAUAUCUUGGGAAAUGCACGAGUAAUUGUGUUUUAAUGGGGGUUCUAUGACGACGAGAAAGUAUUUAUGAUGUGGGAUAAUCCUAACAUGGACGAAUUGCCUCGAGGUAUGCGUCAAUAUUACCUU